UUAGUUAGUCUUUAGCUUUUACAAAGCGCGGAUCGUUGGCAAGGGACUGAAAAUUAAUUUUCAAUAUUUUUAAAAAUUGACAUAUGUAUAUACAUACAUAACAUAGUGUGGAAGAACUUAUCCAAAGCGGGAUUAAAUCAAUUGUAAAUUUUAGAAAGUAUAUUUAAAACAAAUUUGGGAAAUUAUUAUCGCUUGAAGUACAUACUUUUUGGCGUUUUCGACAUGAUGAAUAAUAAUUAUGAAUAUAGGUAUCCUUACCAGCCCACUAGACAAGAAUUUGCUGCUACUCUGGUGCCACCUGUUUGCUAUAUAGAUCUUACCGAUGAUGUACCACUGGAAUAUUCCCUAAAUUCAACGCCAUCUCAACUGCCAAUGGUAAAUCCAAUUAAUUCAUCCUUAAAUGGCCAAUUUAACUUUCAACAAAGUCCAUAUAUCGUUAAUGAAAACAGAACUCUAUCAAACUUGAAUGGAUUCCAAACAAAUAUUCCAAAUGUAAAUCAAAUUGAUGUUAAUUCUGGCUUAACUCAUGAUAAUGGAUCAUUAACCAAUCUGCUUAAACAUCCUAUAGAUUUUCUUGAUGAUGACAAUGUUUUUUCAAUUUUGGGCGAAUUGAAUUCAAAAUUUCCAAAUUCAAGAUCUUCAGGAAUAACAACUCAAACUCCAAGUGAUUCAAGCACAAUUCAUUUACAAAGAGAUUAUAAUGAAAUAAGAAUGAAAAUAAUGAAUUUAUUAAUUGACCUAAAAUCAACUAUAAACGGACAAAAGAAAACUAUUGCCGAACUUAAAGCUCACGUGGUCAAUGAAAAACAAUUAUCCAUAUUUCGGGCUGAAGAGCAAAAACAACGAAGUGACAAACAACAUCAAGCAUUUGUCUGUAAGAUCAAUGAGUUUGAUAAAAAAAUAAACCAAAUGCAGAUUUUGAUAAUUGAGAAUAAUAAUAGAAAAUAUGCCCAAUUGGAAAGUCUUCUGGAAGAGGUGAAAAGUCAAAGAAAUGGCACCACCCAUGCGUUAAACCAAUCGGGUAAUCCCUUCACAAACUGGAAAUGUUCGAUAUGUUGGGAUUCAGAAGCAUCAAUAGAACAUCAUCCAAUCGUAGCACUAUCAUGUGGUCAUAUUUUUCACAAUAAUUGCAUACAAAGAGCACGACAGGAUUCCCAUCAAUGUCCUUUAUGUAAACAACCGUUUAAUUUAUUAACAAAAUUAUUUGUUGGCUAGAAAACAAUUCAGUGUAAAAAAAAUGUUGUUUGUAAAUAUUUAAGAAAUAAAUACUCAUUACAUUAU